UUUUAAUUUAAUGGCGAUUAGAUGGCGGACGGGUUUGGUGCUAGUGUUUGACUGAAAAAAGGAAGUGAACGAGUUUUACUCAUUUAUUUGUAUAAAACAUGAAUUUAAAAUAUCCUUUUCCAACAUGUUAAUUUGAUGUCCUUCAAGAAAAACUUUUACGUGAAGGUUUAGGGAAGUAAUAGUGCCAUAGCAACAAUCAUCAUACUUUUGCCCAUUUCCUUUGUGAUCUAGAUACCUCUUUUUUGGAGUGCAAUUCAAGUUUUGCUGUAUUGUGACUGACAGUUUACAUUUAAAUUCUGUGUAAAAUAGUGUUUAAUUGUUGUAUAAAAUGUUUUGAGUAAGAAUCAGUUGGUGAUUUUCUUUGUAACCUCGAAUGCGGAAGUUUGGUGAUAUAGCCGCUACGAUGGUCGAAUAUACUCGGCAAGUGUGCUAAAAAGUCUCGAGUUUGUGUUAGUUUUUGAAGAUUCAAGUGAAAAUCUCAUGAUGCAUGAACUUUGAGUAAUAGUGAUGAAAUAAUGGUUGAAAUAGGAGCCCCUCAAAAGUCAGCCGAAGAGAGUUUGGAGAAUGCGGAAUGGUAUUGGGGUGAUAUCACUCGAGAUGAAGCCACGGAGAAACUCAGAGACACCUGCGAUGGCACCUUCUUGGUGCGCAACGCAUCUAACAAAGAUAGUGGUUAUACUCUGACAGUGAGAAAAGGGGGCAUGAACAAACUUAUCAAAAUCUAUAAUCAUGAGGGGCGCUAUGGAUUUUGUGAACCAUUUGAUUUCAAAUCUGUGGUGGAGCUUGUUCGCUUCUAUAGAGAGUACUCACUGGCCCAUUGCAAUAGUAGUCUUGACAUCAAGCUUAUGUACCCAUUGUCUAGACUCGUUGAAAAUGAAGGUGAAGAAAAUAUGAGUGAUGACACCCUCGAAACUAAGUUUAAGGAAAUUCACAAAAGAUAUGUAUUAAAAACAAAAGACUUUGAGGGUCGCUCUUACAAAUAUACAAUAUUAAGGGAAGAAGUUAAUAGAAAGAAGCAAGCACUAGAUGCCUUUAAAGAGACAGUUAGAAUUUGUGAAGAACAUUUAAAGUUACAAGAAAAGAUGCAAGCUGAAGCACAACCACACGAAAAGAAUACCGUAUUAGAAAAUAAUAGGAAUUUAAUAUCUAGAGUCCAUAGCUUAAGGAAAGCUAAAACAGAAUUGAAUGAAAUUUUGAAAGAUACAGUAACAGCUCAAUUACUUCUUGAGAGAGAAAUUGCCAAACUGAAGUCUGAUGUUACAGAUCUGUACAAAAGAAAAGAUCGAUAUAAAGUAUGGCUACAAGGAAGAGGAAAAACAGAUGAAUACUUGCAUUUAUUAGAAGAUGACAAUAUACACAAACUUGAAGAACUGUAUGCUCAUAGAGAAAUGAGUAGUUGGAAAGUUAAUUGUACUAGAGAAGAAGCAGAAAAACUUCUUAUGGGCAAACCUCAAGGGACAUUCUUAAUUCGGCCUAAUUCCACCGGUCAAUUAGCUUUAUCUAUUUGUUGUAACAACAUGGUCUACCACUGUAUUAUCUUUAAGACUGAAAGAGGUUAUGGAUUUGCAGAACCUUAUAAUGUAUAUGAAACAUUAAACGAGCUUGUCCUCCAUUAUGCUGUGAACUCAUUAGAAGAACACAAUGAACAAUUGAAAACAGAACUGAAGUACCCGGUGAAUGCACAUGCUGUAAAGAAACCUGAAAAGAAGCAGUAAAGUGGCAAUGCUGAAAACAUUGUGGUAACCAGUUUGGUCUACUUGUAGACAUCGAUCGUAAUAACGACGUGUGACACCUAUUACUUAUGGAAACAGAAGUCGAAAUUAUCUUCUCGUGACCCUGAAGUAAUCAAUGAUAAAUUAUAAAUAUUAAACAGCAUCGAAAACUUAUCACCUAAAGAUGAUUAUGAUGUCAAUAUCAACAAUACGAAAAUUGCAGAUUGCAAAUAUCUGUCCAUUUCUUGAGUGUUUCUACAAAUGUAUUGUGAGGGAACAUAAUAAUACGACAAGAAAGUAUUCAUGUACAGGAAUGUAAUGUAAGUUGAUAUUUCUGUGUUUUAUAGCUUUAUAGUGUCGUUAUAUGAUCAAAUAUUAUUGUACAAAUAAAAUGCUUUGGUACCCAUGUACUUGGUACAUACCAUAUUAUUUUAGACUUGUGCACAAUUAUCUUUAUUAACACCAUUUGAAAAGUUCUUUAAUUAUUAUUGAUUUGGUUUUAUUUUUAUUGUGAUAAUAUUGUGAUAAAACCAUGAUCAGUUUAGAAAUCCCAGUUAUUUUAUGAACAUUGAAAAUGAUUCUCAGGAGCUUUUAAGAGUUUUGAGUUAUACUCUGUACACAUAUUUUUAUAUUUGUUGUUUUACAAAGAUUGGUAAAGUGUUCUUCCCUUAUUAAAAAUUGAUGUUGUUAAAUUGAUUGGGGCCUUUAUGGAUCAGCAGCAAUGGAGGAUGGAUUUAAAUUACAGCUGAUUCGAAAUUGGAGACUGUUGAGAACAAAAUACUUUGAAGUCUUAUGUAAGCUCUCAAUUCAAAUUGAUAUUGAGUCUGCAUCCAUUUGACACUUAACUCAAAAAGAAUAUAAAUCAACACUGCAGUGGUAAACAAUUUAUUGGCCUAAAGUUAUUUUUUCAUAUUCACAUCUUAUUACACCAGAUGCAGACUUAAUAUGUGGAAAGUUCUCAUAGAGAUGUAUAUUAUGUAUGUGAUAGUAAUGAAUAGCAUUUUAGAGUUUUCGUAUUUGUGUAUAUUAUGUGAUUAAUUUUUGUUACAUUGUUUUUAAUGGGUUAUUGUGAGGUAAGAGUCAAAUUAUUCGAAACAAAUUAUUGAAAUAAAUUAGUGCAUUUAUUUCAAUGAUUUAAAGAAUUCUAUUUCAAAGAAUGGGGUUCUUGAGCAGUAAUUAAUUUCUUGUUAUUUUAAUCUGCAAAGUAUAUUGUCUUGUUUGCCUUUACAACAAGAAUUCUAUUCGUGAUGUGGGUUUCUUAUUAUAAUGUAAUUAUUGUUUAAAUUUAAUCACAGUAAAGUAUUAAUUGGCAGACAAUAUUAUGCUGGGUACCUGUUUCUAUAAUAGAAUAGAAUCCUAAUACUGCUUGACUUGGCUACUUAUGAUAUUUUGGGGAUUCUUUGUUUAAUAAUAUUAACAUGUUUGUAACCUGCCCCUAUUCCCAAAGGACAUGAAAUUGUAGUAUUAGGGCGCAUUUUCAUUGGUUAGUUUUGCCAAAAUACCAUAGUUUUGAGGAUGCUGGCAUCUUGAAAAAUAACUUAUAUUGUAAUAUUACAAAAAUGGCUGAUUAAACAUUGUUGCAUUUAAUGUCUGCCAUCACAGUUGAUUAAUGGCAAAAUGAAUAUUAUAAAAUAGAUCUGAUAACUUCAAAAUUACGCUAUAAACAUUAUUGUCUAAGUACAACUAAAUAUUCAUUAAAUGCAUUUUAUAGAAACAGGUACCCAAGUUUACUAUGUAUGUAUGAGAAGUAAGUUAUAUUUACUUGUCGCAAAUCAAAACAUCAUGUAAAAAUUAUUAAUAAAUAUGUACAUUCUAUACAUAUGAAUUUAUUUACUGAUUUCAUUUCAGUAAACAAUAAAAUACAUGAUUCAUAUGAUUUGCAACAGUGGAUGUCUUUUAUGAUUUCAGUGCGUUUAAGUACUGAUUAAUUACUUGGAAAUGUGUUAAUUUGUGUAUAUUCGUGUGCGAGUCUCGUCAAUUAAUGAUUUCUGUUUAUUUUCCUUAUGUAAGAAGAGAUGAUAUGUAAUUGCUAGUACAUAGAUUGUAAGUAGGACUAACCAAUUCGUAAAAGUUAUAUUUAUAUUGUGUGUAAAAAGUUCCCACAAAGCUUUGUAAUUCAUCUGAAAUUAAAUGAGGUAAAGAUUCUAAAUGCCAAAUGACUUGAGUAUUGAAAAGAAAUAUUAAAAUAACUAUAAAAUGCAGUCAGUGCAAUUCAUGGGAUGUGGAAUAUGUGAUGUAAAAAGGUUACUGAUGCAUCAAAUCUAUAAAAUCUUUACAAUUUGAACUACCUUAUCAUUUGCAUGUAUGUAACUCUCUUAAUAGCACAUGCAUAACGGAAGCUUUAAAUUCACCUCAGCACAUCCAAAAUAUCUACGACUGUGAUAGUCAUACUUAUUCCAAAAUAUCUACCUAUUACAAAUUCCAGAUGGAGAUAUUAUCUUCAUCGCUAAAUACGAGUCCCUACAUCAGUGCUGUGAAAUACGGUGGAGAGUAUCUUCACAGCUUUAUUAACAACGAUUUUAAAAUAAAUAAUUUUAAAAUAUUUAUGAAUUUUCUCAACAGUGGCCAUACAGAUGGUCAGUUAAAUUAGACAACUCCGUCGAAUUAAAUAUUCAUUAACUUGUAAUACUUAGUAUUCUGUUCACACAAUAAAAAGUAGAAAUGUCUUAAAAAAAUUAAUGAAAAGUCAUGGAAAAUAAUAAAAUUGUUUGGUAUUGUAAUACCAACUAUAAAUAAUAAUAAAGAAGAACACUCCAUUAUCAAGAUUUCUUAUUGGAAUGCAAUUGGUGUAUUUAUAACAAAUGAAAGUCACACUGAUAACAGCAUGCGACCCAGAUUCGUCACUAAAAUCGUGUAUCAAAACUGUUUUACAAAAAAAUAUAAUAUAAUUUAGAUUAUACAUAAUAUAUACUUACCUAUUUACUUAUAAGUUUAAAGAUUAUAUAAGUGAGAUUAUUGAUCGCGUUAUUUUUGUAUUCAAGUCAAUAAUACAAUUAUCAUUAUAAUGCAAAAUAUUCUGAUUUGCAAUUUUAUAAAACUAAAUAUCAUUAUAUUAUGAUCUCAAGAGUGAAUUAUCACAUAAGGUAAUUCAGAUGUUUGUUUGAUAGUUUUCUAUGAACCAUAAUAUUAACUCAAGUCAAUAGCAACCAAAUUGGAAAACUUGCAUAAAUUAGUUAACAUUGAAGGCGCCAUUUUAUAAGUGUAAUAGUAGAACGUUUUAAUAAGUGUUAAUAAACAAACUAUCAAUGA